CAUGGCGACCUCCUUCGGUUUCGGCAGCUCCGCGGCCGCGGGCUCCACCGCCUCCUCCCCCUUCUCCUUCUCCUCCACCCCAUCCGCCUUCUCCUUCUCCCAGCCGCCGGCGGCCUCCUCCCCCGCCCCCGCCUUCGGCUCCUCGCUCUUUUCCUCAUCCUCCGCCGCCGCUUCCUCUGCCCCCACUUUCGGCUCCUCCCUGUUCGGGGCCUCGUCCGCCGCCGCGCCCGCCUCCACUGCAGCCUCCUCCCCUUUUGGCUUCGGAUCCACCGGAUUCUCGUUCGGGCAAUCCACCGCAGCCGCUUCAUCGGCCGCGCCCGCCCCAUCCCUUUUCGGGCAAACGGCCGCCGCAUCCCCCGCCGGAACAACCCCUAGCUUAUUCGGCGCUGCCACCUCCGCCGCAAGCAGCCCCGGCCUCUUCGGCGCUGCCUCUGCCCCAGCAAGCAGCCCGGGCCUCUUCGGCGCGUCCGCCGCCGGCUCUGUGACGACUACCCCGGGCCUAUUCGGCGCUACCACCUCCGCGGCAACUACUCCGGGCCUAUUUGGGGCCACCUCCGCCGCGGCGACCACACCGAACUUAUUCGGGGCCACUUCCGCCGCUGCGACGACACCUAGUCUGUUUGGCGCCGCCUCCUCCGCUGCGUCCACGCCAAGUCUCUUUUCUGGAGCCUCCACGGGCUUCAGCUUUGGCUCGUCGGCGUCCGGCUCCACCACUACCACGGCCGCCGCCUCUGCACCAUCAUUCGGCUUCUCGUUCAGCUCGGGGGCGGCCGCGUCGAGCACUGCUUCCACCGCGGCAUCAUCACCGGCUUUAGGGUUUGGAGGCGCCACUGGCUCGUCGCUGUUCGGAUCCACCACCUCUGCGCCACUCUUCAGUACCACCACCGCCUCUUCUCCAGCGCCUGCUGCAACCACCACGCCAUCCUUUGGCUUCUCUGCCUCGCCAGCAACAGUAUCCGCCCCGUCCUUUGGUUUUACGCCGUCAACAGCAAGCUCGGCGACGGGGAACACGGCUGCUUCCUUGUUCUCUUCUGCUUCCACGGCCCCUGCCUUUGCUUUCGCUAAGAGCACGUCCGCCACGCCUACCACUUCGGUGUCCUCGCCCGCCACCAGCCUCUCCUUGGCUACUUCGCAGGCUUCACCUGCACCCUCGCUGUUCUCUAAUACCACUGCAGCAGGUAGUUCAUCUGCCACUACGUCUGGCUUCUCCUUUGGUUCAUCUUCGUCAGCUUCUACACCAACUAUAGCUUCUGUCUCUGCAACUGGUGCAUCCACUGCGCCAUCAGCUACUUCAGCUUCUGCAACAUCGGGAUCAUUGUUCCCUGCUGCUUCUACCAGCGGUUUCAGUUUUUCAGUAGCACCAUCAUCAGCAGCAGCAGCGGCAGCAACAGCCACUACCACCACUGUCACAAGUGCAUCUACAUCUGCAGGCAUGACUACCACAUCUCCUUUGACUGGGACAACAGGGUUUCCUAGUUUUAAUCUUCAAACAACCACACCAGCUUCUACCUCAUCUUCGACACUGUCACUUGGUGUUUCUACUACAGCUGCUAGCACAUCAGCCACCACCACCAGCACAAGCCAGGCAACUUCCUCAGCUGUUCAAGCUAGCAGCACAGGUCCUGCUACUACUACAGCUAUCACUCCAGCAGUUUCCCAAGCACCUAAGCUUCCAUCAGAAAUUGUUGGCAAAAGUGUCGAGGAGAUUAUUAGGGACUGGAACAAUGAGCUUCAAGACCGUACUGCGAAGUUCAGGAAACAUGCCACUGCAAUAGCUGAAUGGGACAAGAGAAUUCUGCAAAACAGAAAUGUUCUUAUCAAGCUUGAGGCUGAAGUGGCUAAAGUUGUUGAAACACAAACAAGCUUGGAGCGUCAACUUGAGUUGAUAGAAACUCAUCAGCGAGAGGUAGACAACGCUCUACAGGGUAUGGAGGAGGAAGCUGAACGCAUAUUCCAGGAUGAACGCGUGUUACUUCGUGGAGAUGAGGCUGCUUCAGCAAGAGAUACAAUGUAUGAGCAAGCAGAAGUUGUGGAACAUGAAUUGCAACAUAUGACAGAACAAGUAAAAUCCAUCAUUCAGUCUAUGAAUGCUACUCAGGGUGGUGAGCUUGAGGCCUCUGAUAGUAUGACACCAUUUGAUGUUGCUGUCCGGAUACUGGAUAAUCAACUGCGGUCCCUGAUGUGGAUUGAUGAGAAGGUUAACGAGUUCUCUGGCAGAAUACAGAGGCUGCCCAACAACAGCGCUUCAGCUGAACGUGACUCCGGGAUUCCCAGGUUUUGGUUAAGCUGAUCCGGGCUAGUAAGCAUAUGCUGUGCUUGGUUCCACUAACCCACAGCAAAUGUUACGUGUUGUUUUCUCCCCGUUAAAGUACUUUGGUGCCACAUAGCUCUAGCUGGUUGAACUCUUUGAUUGAUACUAAUCAAUGUCACUCAGAUUGCUGGUUAUCAGCCCUCUGCUUUGCAUCAAUUACUUGUGUUUUCAAUUCAUAUAAAAAAAUUCCUUGACAGUAACUUAAGUUUUUUUAUAAGAACAGUAACUUCAGUUUU